AUGGCGGCGGACAUGAACAAGUGCUCACCUGCACCACGGCCGGCCGACAUAGCAGCUCAUGAUAGAAGCGCGGUCGCAUCAGCGAUUAAGCCGAAUAAGAAGAAGCAGCAGCAGGAGGAAGAGGGUGACGAGGAAUGGCUGAGGUACCUGGAGCCGUCCAAGCUGGAGGUGUUCGACGAGCUGGAGCCGUGGGUGGAGGCCAACGUGCUGCCUCUUCUCAAGCCCGUGGAGGCGGCGUGGCAGCCGUCAGACAUGCUGCCUGACCCGGCGAUGCUGGGGGCCGACGGCUUCCACGCGGCCUGCUCCGAGCUCCGUGCCCGCGCGGCCGGCAUCCCCGACGCGCACCUCGUGUGCCUCGUGGGCAACAUGGUCACCGAGGAGGCGCUGCCCACGUACCAGAGCAUACCCAACCGGUUCGAGGGCGUGCGCGACCUCACCGGCGACAGCGCCACCGCCUGGGCGCGCUGGAUCCGCGGCUGGUCCGCCGAGGAGAACCGCCACGGCGACGUGCUCAACAGGUACCUCUUCCUCUCCGGCCGCGUCGACAUGCGGCGGGUCGAGACGACCGUCCACCGGCUCAUCCAGUCCGGCAUGGUCAUGAACGCCGCGCGGAGCCCCUACCACGGCUUCAUCUACGUGGCCUUCCAGGAGCGCGCCACCUCCAUCUCCCACGGCAACACGGCGCGCCUCGCGAGGGAGCACGGCGACGCGGCGCUCGCGCGCGUGUGCGGCGCCAUCGCCUCCGACGAGAAGCGGCACGAGGCGGCCUACACUCGCGUCGUGGGGAAGCUGUUCGAGGUCGACCCGGACGGCGCCGUGCGGGCGCUGGCGUACAUGAUGCGCCGGCGGAUCACCAUGCCGGCGUCACUCAUGGACGACGGAUGCCACGCGCCGGGCGGCGACCUCUUCGCGGACUACGCGGCCGUGGCGCAGCAGGCCGGGGUGUACAGGGCCUCCGACUACCGCGGCAUCGUGGAGCACCUGAUCAAGCAGUGGCGCGUGGAGGAGCUGGGUGACGGGCUCUCCGGCGAAGGGAGGCGCGCCCAGGAGUACGUCUGCGCGCUGCCGCACAAGAUCCGCAGGCUGGAGGAAAGGGCCCACCACCGUAGUGCUCAGCGGCCCACAACCACAAAGUCCGUCCCGUUUAGCUGGAUCUUUUGUAGGCCCGUCAACCUCUAA